ACAUCCAGACCGCGAGAAGAUGAGCGAUGGCAAUAGAAAACAAACCUGGGGACGAAUUUGACACAGUUUUCGGUCAAAGUGACUCCUUGGAACCCUCCUCGCGACGCGAGUAUGACACCGCGCCGGCUCGCAUCUUCAAGAUCAUCGUCAUCGGGGACUCGAACGUGGGGAAGACGUGUUUGACUUACCGGUUCUGCGGGGGCACUUUCCUGAAAAACCCGGAGGCGACGAUCGGGGUCGAUUUCCGAGAGAGGACGCUGGAGCUCGACGGCGAGAGCAUCAAGCUGCAGAUCUGGGACACGGCGGGUCAGGAGCGCUUCAGGAAGAGCAUGGUGGAGCACUACUACCGCAGCGUCCACGCCGUCAUCUUCGUGUACGACGUGACCAGCCUCUCCUCCUUCGAGAGCGUCCCCGAGUGGAUCGAGGAGUGCAGCCGGCACUGCGUGGGGCCCCUGGUGCCCCGCAUCAUGGUGGGCAACAAGUGCGACCUGAGGGACCGCCGGGAGGUCCCCACCACGGCGGCGCAGUGCCUCGCUGACAGCUACAACUUCCCGCUGUUCGAGACCUCGGCCAAGGAACCCGGCGAGAAGGAGCACGUGGACGCCAUCUUUCUGACUCUGGCGUACAGACUGAAGAGCCACAAACAGCUGCGGCUGAAGCAGCCGAGCGAGAGCAGCGGCGGGCGUCCGUGGGACCAGCGAAGGCGGGAAGCGGGUACGUGUCAGUGCUGAGGGUGACCCUCCAUCCCGUGUGGAUGUACUCAUCGGUAAUGGUGCUGCGGGAAAGCCUGAGACGGAAUUCCAAAAGGCCUCUUGUGAUUAUGAGACGGGGGAAACGGCUUCACACUUUUCCCCUGCCUGAUGCAAAGGCACGGCUUGUGACAGGAGGGGCCUUUAAGUUUGCACAAUAUUAUUCAACAUUUCAAUGAGAAGCAUGAAUGGAAAUGGGGGUGGGUGGGGGUAAGCCAAAUAUCUGUGACUGCAGACAAAAUCACUUUGAGUCAAAGUUAAAUUGCAGAGUGAGUGCAUUUUAAUAAGUAGACAAAAUCAUAUGCAAUCAGCUGUCCAGUAGCACUACAACGUAUCCACACUAUCCAAUGCAGAUGGUAAAUUGGGGGGGAAAAAAAUUCCAGUGUGAAGAAGUGGACCAACAAGGUCAGUUGAAGCUGUGAAGAAAACCGUGCAAUCCUUUUUAAGUUAUGUGUUGCAUGAGUUUUGGUGCUGUCGCUGAAUGUGUGUUUCUCAAAUAUAAACGUGAACAUAACCAGCUUUGUGUCAGCUCAUCGGCCCACACAGUUCUGUUACGAGUUCACCAGUAGCCGUGUUUCUGGACGAAAUUCAAAUCCAUGUGUUCCACUUGAAAAGUAUCAGUGAACACACGCUCAGCUGUCUUUUGAAAAUCGUUAGGCUGUAUGUAAGGUGUAGAUGGGAUGAGAUAAGAUAAGAUUAAAAAUCACAACUAACUGAUACUGGGUUUUUUUGCAUGUGUACAAUAAUGCAAACACAAGUAUGGAGAUCUGUGACAAUGUUCUGCUGCAAAUCAAUAAAAGAGGUUUCAUCAGGAUGAUCUGAAAUGUUUGAGAUUUCUGGUGUGUCGGUGUUGUUUGGUGCGAUAAUGCGGCUGUCAUCUCAAGUUCAUAUUGUACUCAAUACUUAUACAUAACCAAGGAUACAAUAUACUACUGUAUUUAAUUAAAACUUAUUAAAAAUGUCUGAAAAACA